AUGGGCGUAUGUUGCAGCUGUUUUUCGUCCUCGAGUGGCGACGGGAAGUACCCGCCGCUUCUUUUGGCUGAAAACGAAAGGGAGGCCAUAACUGCUCUCCUCCAGUACUUGGAGAAUCGGUCUGACGUGGACUUCUUUAGUGAUGGGCCUUUGCGUUCCUUGAGUACCUUGGUGUAUUCGGAGAACAUUGACUUGCAAAGAAGCGCUGCCUUGGCCUUUGCCGAGAUCACCGAGAAGGAUGUACGUGAAGUGAACAGGGAUGUGCUUGAACCUAUCUUGAUUCUCCUUCAAUCCAACGACACCGAGGUGCAACGAGCUGCCUGCGGUGCCUUGGGCAACUUGGCGGUCAACAAUGAGAAUAAGGCUUUGAUUGCCGAGAUGGGCGGCAUUGAGCCUUUGAUCAGGCAAAUGAUGUCGUCUAACAUCGAGGUCCAAUGCAACGCUGUGGGCUGUAUCACUAAUCUUGCUACUCAGGAUGAUAACAAGUCGAAGAUCGCCAAGCUGGGCGCCUUGAUCCCGCUUACGAAGCUUGCUAAGCUGAAGGAUAUCCGUGUUCAGAGGAAUGCCACCGGUGCAUUGCUCAACAUGACACACUCGUUUGAAAAUAGGCUGGAGUUGGUCAAUGCCGGUGCCGUGCCCGUGCUAGUGUCCUUGUUGUCGAGUGACGACGCUGAUGUCCAGUACUACUGUACCACCGCUUUGUCGAACAUUGCUGUUGACGAGCUGAACAGAAAGAAGUUGGCCGCUACGGAGCCUAAGCUUGUCAGCCAAUUGGUGAUCUUGAUGGACUCGCCUUCUCCUAGAGUACAAUGCCAGGCUACCCUUGCCCUUAGGAACCUUGCGUCCGAUUCCGGCUACCAGGUUGACAUUGUCAGAGCUGGCGGUCUACCUCACUUGGUUCAACUCUUGACAUGCAACCACCAGCCUCUUGUGUUGGCCGCCGUGGCAUGUAUCCGCAACAUCUCCAUUCAUCCAUUGAACGAGGCUCUUAUAAUCGAAGCUGGCUUCUUGAAACCAUUAGUCGCGUUGUUGGACUACAAUGAGCUGGAAGAGAUCCAGUGCCACGCCAUCUCUACCUUGAGGAAUCUUGCUGCUUCCAGCGAGCGGAACAGAUUAGCGUUGUUGAACGCUGGUGCCGUCGAGAAGUGUAAGGAACUCGUCUUGAAGGUUCCAUUGUCCGUGCAAUCCGAGAUCUCGGCUUGUUUUGCAAUCUUGGCUUUGGCCGACGACUUGAAGCCAAAGCUUUAUGAAAGCCAUAUAAUUGAUGUCUUGAUUCCUUUGACUUUCAGCGAUAACGGCGAGGUUUGUGGUAACUCAGCAGCUGCCUUGGCUAACUUAUGCUCUCGUGUUUCCAAUGAGCACAAGGAUUACAUCCUCGAUAACUGGAAUAGCCCUGAUGAAGGUAUCUACGGUUUCUUGAUGAGAUUCUUGCAGAGCGGAAGUGCCACUUUUGAACACAUUGCUUUGUGGACCAUCUUGCAACUUCUCGAGUCCAACAAUGAUGAGAUUCAAGCAUUGAUCAAGGAGAAUGAGUCCGUGCUCCUUGGUAUCAAGAACUUGAGUGAAAGUCAACAACAAAACAACGCGGCUUUGAGCAAUGCCGAACUGAAUGAAUUUGAUGAUCCAAAGGUUGAGCUCUAUAACUUGACUCAGCAAAUCUUGCAAAUCUUGGGUUGA